GUGGGGAGCGCCGGCGCCCGGGCCCGGAGGCGCGCAGAUAGGUCCGGGCCGGACGUCCCCGGUCACGGAGGAGGAGCGGAGCCGAUCCAGGAAUUUUUCAAAUAGAAACUAAUUGCAGCAUUUCCAGUUGACCAGCAUUCAUAGGAAUGAAGACAAUCACAGAGAUGGUGUGUCUAAGAAAUUUCAAAAGGUGUAGACCUCCUGAUUGAAGUACAGUCAAUUUACUGGAUUCAUUUUUUUCUUUCAUUUUAUUUCUGUCCUCCUACAAAGGGAAAGCCAUGAUUACACUAACAGAGCUAAAAUGUCUCGCAGACGCCCAGUCCUGUUAUCACAUCCUGAAGCCAUGGUGGGACGUCUUUUGGUAUUACAUCACCCUGAUCAUGCUGCUGGUGGCCGUGCUGGCCGGAGCCCUCCAGCUCACACAGAGCAGGGUUCUGUGCUGUCUCCCCUGUAAGGUGGAAUUUGACAAUCACUGCGCCGUGCCUUGGGACAUCCUGAAAGCCAGCGUGAACGCAUCCUCCGGUGCCGGGAUGCCACUUCCGCUGCCCCUCAGAAUCCAGAACGACCUCCACCGACAGCAGUACUCCUACAUUGACGCCGUCUGUUACGAGAAGCAGCUCCACUGGUUCGCCAAGUUCUUCCCCUACUUGGUGCUCUUGCACACCCUCAUCUUUGCAGCCUGCAGCAACUUCUGGCUUCACUACCCCAGCACCAGUUCCAGGCUCGAGCACUUUGUGGCCAUCCUGCACAAGUGCUUCGAUUCUCCCUGGACCACCCGCGCCCUGUCAGAGACGGUGGCCGAGCAGUCAGUGAGGCCCCUGACCCUCUCCAAGUCCAAGGUUCUGCUCUCCUCCUCGGGGUGCUCAGCCGGCGACGUGGAUGCCAACAAGCAGUCACUGCCCUACCCACAGCCUGGCUUAGAGUCAGCUGGCAUAGAAAGCCCGACCUCUAGCGUCCUGGACAAGAAGGAGGGCGAACAGGCCAAAGCCAUCUUUGAAAAAGUGAAAAGGUUCCGCCUGCACGUGGAGCAGAAGGACAUCAUCUACAGAGUGUACCUGAAGCAGAUCAUAGUCAAAGUCAUUUUGUUUGUCCUCAUCAUAACUUACGUUCCGUAUUUUUUAACCUACAUCACUCUGGAAAUUGACUGUUCAGUGGACGUGCAGGCUUUUACUGGAUACAAGCGCUACCAGUGUGUGUACUCCUUGGCAGAAAUAUUCAAGGUCCUGGCUUCGUUUUACGUCAUCUUGGUUAUACUUUAUGGUCUCACCUCGUCUUACAGCUUGUGGUGGAUGCUUCGGAGCUCUCUGAAGCAAUAUUCCUUUGAGGCCCUGAGAGAAAAAAGCAACUACAGCGACAUCCCAGAUGUCAAGAACGACUUCGCCUUUAUCCUCCAUCUGGCUGAUCAGUACGACCCGCUUUACUCCAAACGCUUCUCCAUAUUCCUGUCAGAGGUCAGUGAGAACAAGCUGAAACAGAUCAACCUCAACAAUGAAUGGACGGUCGAGAAACUAAAAAGCAAGCUUGUGAAAAAUGCCCAGGACAAGGUAGAACUGCACCUUUUCAUGCUAAACGGUCUUCCCGACAAUGUCUUCGAGCUGACAGAAAUCGAAGUGCUAAGCCUGGAGCUGAUCCCCGAGGUCAAGCUCCCCUCGGCGAUCUCGCAGCUGGUCAGCCUCAAGGAGCUCCACGUGUACCACUCGUCCCUGGUGGUCGACCACCCCGCCCUGGCCUUUCUAGAGGAGAAUUUAAAAAUUCUUCGCCUGAAAUUCACUGAAAUGGGGAAAAUCCCACGCUGGGUGUUUCACCUGAAGAAUCUCAAGGAGCUCUACCUGUCGGGCUGUGUGCUGCCUGAGCAGGUGAGCACCAUGCAACUAGAGGGCUUUCAGGACCUGAAAAGCCUGAGGACCCUCUACUUGAAGAGCAGCCUCUCCCGGAUCCCGCAAGUCAUCACGGACCUCCUGCCUUCGCUGCAGAAGUUGUCCCUCGAUAACGAGGGGAGCAAGCUGGUUGUAUUGAACAACCUGAAAAAAAUGGUCAACCUGAAAAGCCUGGAGCUGAUCAGCUGUGACCUGGAACGUAUUCCACACUCCAUUUUCAGUCUGAACAAUUUGCAUGAGUUAGACCUCAGAGAAAAUAACCUUAAAACUGUCGAAGAGAUCAUUAGCUUUCAGCACCUCCAGAAUCUUUCCUGCUUAAAGUUGUGGCACAAUAACAUUGCUUAUAUUCCAGCCCAGAUCGGGGCGUUGUCUAAUCUAGAGCAGCUCUCUUUGGACCAUAAUAACAUUGAGAACCUGCCCCUGCAGCUUUUCCUAUGCACCAAACUACAUUAUUUGGAUCUAAGCUAUAACCACCUGACCUUCAUUCCGGAAGAAAUCCAGUAUCUGAGUAAUUUGCAGUACUUUGCUGUGACCAAUAACAACAUUGAGAUGCUUCCAGAUGGGCUGUUUCAGUGCAAAAAGCUGCAGUGUUUACUUUUGGGCAAAAAUAGCCUGAUGAGCUUGUCACCUCAGGUGGGUGAGCUGUCGAACCUUACUCAUCUGGAGCUCAUGGGUAAUUACCUGGAAACACUUCCUCCUGAACUGGAAGCGUGUCAGUCCCUGAAACGGAGCUGCCUGAUUGUCGAGGAGAAUUUGCUCAAUACUCUUCCUCCCCCUGUAACAGAACGUUUGCAAACAUGCCUAGAUAAAUGUUGACCUAAAGAGAGAAAAAUUUUUAAAAGUACAUUCCAGGGCUUUAAAUGAGAACUAAAAUUUCCUAAGUUAUAAAGAUGAACAAUGGAUAAUUACGACUAACUAUAACCAAAUGUCUUAUUAUAAUAAGGCAACUCAGUGUCUAAAACAUGUAAAAAGUAUUAACACUGAAACAAAGUUUUGUGAAUAAUUGAUCUUUAACUUAUAGAGAUAUAAGAAGUGUACACUUGGAGGGUAGAAUGGGGCCAUGAAAUUAUUGAAUCUCUACGCUGCAGUUUUUAUCUUUUGAAGAUGAGAUAUUACUUACUUGCAUACUUGUUUUAACUGACUUCCUGUUUUGAUAUUUAUCACCUAGGCCAUAAACUCAUCAACAUAAAUCCCCUUGAGGUACACUCAGCACUGUCUUUGAUUUAUGUUCUUAAAUACUUUAGGCAGGAUGCAUUGUGCUUGGCAGAGUUCCUCCUUGGCUUAAUUUUUACUUCCUGCCCCAGCUUGUUUGAGUCUUCCUUCAUCUGGUUUUCUCUUAACAACAGUGAUGAACCCUGAGAAAGUGCCUGCCUGUGGCCUUUGCACAGAACAGGAGCAGGGUAUUUAGGACAAGUCAUCCUCGGGCCAUCCUGAAAUUUUAAUGUAUCCUCUGCAACUUCUUCUUGUAUAUCAUUGGAGCCUUUUUUAUUUACUACUAAUUUUUAUAUCAAAUGUGAAACAUAUAAAUAUUUUCUAUUGUGUAAUCUUGGAUUCAAAAUCUGUGAGAAUAGUUUUUGUAAGGUACAGAGAACACAUCCUUUUCUUUAAGAACUUACUAUUAAUAUACUUGGUUUCGGCUGCUUACGAGUCUCACGUUUGUGUGCACUUGGCUCCAAAAUGUUUUUGUAGUCUGCAGCUAAUUAUUUCUGGAUAACAAAAGCCUUGUGUUUCGUGCCCUGAAAUAUUUGGGGGUUUCCUUCCAAGAGGAUGGCCACAUCAUCUACCUCUCUCUUCCCUAGUUGCUGUGCUGUUGUACGGGUAACCAUUCUUAAUUACUUCAAAAACUGUGAUGGAGGGGAGAGGUACAGAUUUGGAUCUUUAAAACUGAUUUUCAAACACUGUAGAAAUUAAGUAAAAGUUAAACAAAAUACUUUCUUCUCCAUCUGCAUGAUGUCUAGAUAGGGUUAUAAUGUGAAACACUCAGCCUCUAUUCAUUGUUUAUUGUGGGUUCUCAAAACUCACAAAGAAAUAGAUCUAAUUAACUGAAAUUCAUCUCAUGCCUUUGUCUGACUUUUCGGGAAUACAUUUUGCUCCUUUUUUUUAAUAAAGAGUUUUGUGUUUGGCUUUUUAUUAUCAUGCAUAUUGUGAAAUGAAUAAAGCCGACUGACUCAUUUUGGGGAAAUGUACAUUUUCGAUGUGUUUUUCUCUGUGUCUAGGCAUUGUGAUGCCAUUUCAAACUAUGAAAUAAUCUAUGAACUGCACCUCGACAAAACUGGAAAACACUAUGGGUAAAGAGCACUGUAAACAUGGAAUUGUGAUGUCUGGUAUGUUUUUUCCCUUGCCUUGUCCCUUCCAGAAGGAUGAAAAUGAGUUUUCAAAUUAUGGCCAAAUGUAGCUUUCCUCACCUGCCACACACCUUUGAGCUGACAUUCAGAGAAGAGAAUUGUUCACGUCAAAUAAAAUUUGAGUCAUAGCUAUAAAAAAAAACAUAAAACACCAAAAGCUGCCUAAAACACUGCUGUUUAUUCUGAAUGAGGAGGAACAAUGUAAAAAUGCAAUCCUUACCAAAACUUGCCUUUAGUCAGAACACUCAAGCUCUCAGGGACCCAGGCAUAACUGAUGAAACUUUCUUCUAGGACUUCAGAAAACAGAUUCUGACUCUAUCUAGUUUGUUAUUUUCAAUCUUUUUAAUGUGAGAUCAUUGUCAUUUUAAUGUUUUCCAUCUGUGUUGCACAGUAGAAUUGUUAUGUGUACCGGUUCCAGUGUUGGAUAGGAUUAUCUUGUGUUUGGAACAUGAAUAUGACACAUGGAAAUAUGUUCAUUUGGGGUCAUAUAAUUACUCAUAAUGUGUAUGAAAAAUCUGAUCCCUUUUGAUAAGGAAAAAUUUUCAAAACAAAUUUCAGAUUUACUACCAUUCCCCUGGGGCUUUCCAGGUGGCACAGUGGUAAAGAAUCACCUGUCAAUGCAGGAGCCGUGGGUUUGAUCCCUGGGCUGGGGAGAUGCCCUGGAGGAGGAGAUGGCAACCCACUCCAGUAUUCUUGCCUGGAGAAUCCCAUGGACAGAGGAGCCUAGCAGGCUACAGUCCAUGGGGUCGCAAAAAGUCGGACAUGACUGAGCAGCUGAGCACGUACACACCAUUCCCCUGACAGUUUACAGCCCCUCCUGGCUGGUCACCAGGGUCUGUCCACCUGCAGAAGGCACUAGCUAAAUCUUCCUUAUCACCUGUCUACAUUUCUGGAAGCAAAUUACUAUCAUAAUGAGUUUUGUAAGCUGCUUUCCAAACACAAGGAUUUGGUUACUAGUGCAAACUCCUUUCUUGAUGCAUAAUUUUUAAGUUAACAUUUUUAUUUCAAUCCUACACACCAGUGUUUAGGUAGCUUUGGGAAUGAUGUAGCACAGAUGCCAUGAACUCUGAGACCACUACUCAACAUUCAAAACUGUGGUGUUUGCCAACUUUAAUGCAAUACUAGAGCAGAUCGUCAUUUUGGAAGAGGAUUAUCAAAGAAGCAAAUGAAGUUUAUUUAAUUAUAAUUUUGAGACUAGUUGACAACUUGCUUUCCAAGAAUGUGUAGUGCAUUUUCCAAAAAAUAAAUAUGGAUGUUAUUCAGAACAAAGUUGACAGCUUAUGCUAGCUUGGAUGCAUUUUAUUUACCUACACACACACAGAUACACAAUGAUGAGCCUGCAGGUGCAUCCCUGUGUGUACAAAAUGUAAUUUAUUCAUUUUGGAUAUGUGUAAUAUUUUUCCAAAUUUGCAAGUGGUUGUAGGUUAAUGCUAAAAUCUUAAUUAUUUUUUAUUCCUUACUUGUAAUCAUGAGCGCUCUAUUCUCUUAGCUAUAAUAUUAAAGUGAAAAAAAUGAAAGUGAAAGUCGCUCAGUCAUGUCCGACUCUUUGCAGCCCCAUGGACUAUACAGUAUAUGGAAUUCUCCAGGCCAGAAAACUGAAGCAGGUAGCCAUUCCAUUCUCUAAGGGAUCUUCCCAACCCAGGGACCAAGCCCAGGUCUCCCAAUUGCAGGCAGAUUCUUUACCAGCAGAGCCACCAGGAAAGCCCAAGAAUACUUAUUAAAACCAAAGUCUCAGACUGGGUCAGCAACCUAGGUGGUUUUGAGCAUUCCAGGUAAAGUGUAGUGAGUGUUCCCUCCCUAAAGUACAUCAAGGUCCAUCUGUGUGGCACACAGAUAAGGUGUCUCCAUUCUUCAUCCUUCGUCUUCAUUUUCUCCUGAUAUCACCAUGUUUUACUGUCACUUAGCAAAUGUUUGUGUUAAACAGGGUAAACAGAGAUGCCAGUAUCUCAUCGUUGUGGCAUAGCUCCAGUGUAUGUGCUGUGGGGAGCUGCAGUGAGUUAUCUGUAUAAAAUUAUUGUUUGAUAGUGGAAAUAUUUGUUUCUGUUCUUCGGGUGUCUCAGGAUUUAAAUUUUGUAUGUUGAAUUAAAAUAUUGCAUAAUAUUGAUGGGUUCAAAACCAUUAAAAUAAUCAAACAAUUA